AUGGCCUCGCUGCACUCGAUACCGCGGUUCCUGCUGCCGAGACAGCCCCUGCGGCGCCCGUCGCGCCUCCCGCAAUCGCUGCUGCCCACAAUCGCCGUGCGCCAUGUAUCCUCCCCACGCCAGCUGUCGGCGGAAUUCGAGCGCCGCCGCGCGGCCGCCGCGAGCACAAAGCACAAGGUCAUGCCGCAGCCGGAUGCGUACCGGCCGCCGUCGCACGGCAAGACGAUCAGGCGGUCUGAUCCGGGGCUGGGCAAGGUGUACGGGCCGAAGCUGAGCGAGGACGACCGCAAGAGGAUGGCGACGAAGAAGUAUCCGAAUAUGAUGAGUCCGCAGGGCACGUUCAGUCAUUGGUUUUUGAAUAAUCGGGUUAUUCAUUUGUGGAUCACGAUGGGCAUCCUUGUCUCCCUCGCUAUAGCAGCUUGGUACAUGGACUUCAUGUCCAAGACCAUCUACGCCGAGCUGCUGCCCGACCGCCGCGAGUUCCUGCGCCACCCCAUCCAGAGCUCGAAGCGCUUCAUUGAGGUCUACAAGAUGCACAUGGCCCACACGAGCCAGGUGUACUCGCAGCAGAGGCUGAAGAAGGCCGAGGAUAUCGAGAAGAGGAAGCAGUACCGGCUGGAGCGGCAGAGGAUGGCUGAGGAGAAGGGCGAGGAGUACGUUGAAGAUCCCAGGUACUACGUUGGCGAAGAUGGUGUGAGGAGACGGAGGGUCAAGAGAUGGUUUGGUAUCUGGGAGUAG